UAAUUUCUGAGCACAAUCUUAUUCAACUAGACACUGAUCACAGACUGCUGCAGAUAAUUGAUGUUGAUACGUUGAUGGAUUCCAGGAUGGCAACACGUGUGAUUUUGGUACUAACACUUUUUACUGGACUGUGUGGUGCUAAUUUGAAAGGAAAUAUUGCUCUUCAUGCCAGAGCGGUGCAGUCCUCCUUAGGACACCCACAGGGAAAUGCUAAACAUGCAGUAGAUGGAAACAGAGAGGCAGAUUACGGGAAGGGCUCAUGCACUCACACUAAAACUGAGUUUAACCCAUGGUGGAGAGCUGACCUUGGAAACGUCUACAGUGUAUACAAGGUUGCCAUCACUAAUCGUAUAGACUGUUGCAGAGAGCGACUCAGAGGAGCUCAGAUUCGCAUUGGUAACAAUCUGGGGAACAACGGAAACAACAAUGAGCUGGUUGCAACUGUUGACUCUGUUUUCGCUGGCACAAAAAUGUUUGAGUUUAAGCCUGUUAAAGGUCGAUAUGUCAACAUUGUUUUACCUGGGAAUGAUAAAGUUCUUACUCUGUGUGAAGUCGAGGUGUUUGCAGAAGCAGACAAACCACAGUACAUUUGUGUUCCAAGAAAUCUUGCUCUUGGAGGCAAAGCUGUUCAGUCCUCCACAUACAGCAGUCUCGGAGCUGCUCGAAAUGCUAUCGAUGGCAACAGGCAGUCAAUGUACACGCUCGGUUCAUGCAGCCAUACUAACGGAGACAGAAACCCCUGGUGGAGAGUUGACUUGUUGGGCAUCUACAGGGUAACCAGGGUUAGCAUCACUAAUCGUGGAGACUGUUGUGAAAAGGGGAUUGAGGGUAUUCAGAUCCGUAUCGGCAACAGCCUGGAGAAUAACGGCAACAAUAAUCAGCUGGCUGCGACUGUUGGGCCCAUCCCACCUGGAGUCACAAAAACGUUUGAGUUUAGGCCUAUUAAGGGGCCAUACGUCAACCUUAUUGUGCCUGGACGCAAUGAAUACCUCACACUGUGUGAAGUUGAAGUUUAUGCAGAUUAAGUGGAAUGAAGCAACGUACAUCACGGUCCACUGAUCCUCUGAAACUACUGUUUUCUGAGCAAUACUAAAAUUGCACUUUUUUAAUUGUUUUUAUUUUACUUAUGUGCUUUUAUCCUUCCCCCAGGGGGGUUUGUAUUUAGACCAUAAACACUCCCAUCCUUUGUUUAUCUUUGCUUUCUACAUUAAUAAAUGACUACAGCAUUGCA